AUGGGCAGUGGCUUAAGUGAAGAAGAAUACGAAUAUUGUCGCGAGCCAAGCGAGGGCCGGCCCUUGGUGGAACUAAUUAACAUAUUCGCGGAGUUCACUCCUCUCCGUGCAGACAUCGAGUCGGUUCGUCAGUCAAAUCAUGAAGCAUGCCAAAACCUUCUUGGUGCAUGCCUCGCACAGAAAAGCAGCCUUUUGAAAUGGUAUGCUCGACGAACGGAGACAUUUGGUGGAGGGCCACUCGAUGCGACAAACGAAUUCCGCUGCAUCGACAUAGAACCGGUAGAUGUCAUAUUCGGAAGGCCGUACAGCUUUGCCUCACUUGAUGAUGCCUUGCUGCACGUUCUUUACUGCACAGCGAUGACUAUCAUUUUGCCUAUGGUCUCUCGAGCGCGAACCUUGGUUCAAUCGCUGGAGCACGGCGGAGAGCGUGUUAAUGACCACACGCUCGAUGAAGAGUAUCUUAUGAUGCAAAUCUAUGCAGAUCAGAUCAUCAGGUCUGUUCCGUUCUUUGUUCAGGAAAAGAACAAGCUACUGGGCCCUCAUAUGGUGAUGUUUGGAGUUGCGGCGGCUUGUAAAGCCUACAUCAACCUCGAAAGAUUCGAAAAGUUCGGCUGGUGCCAGAAGACUCUAGGCAGCUUUGGAGACCGAGGGUUCGAGUCAUGCCAUAACUACCGCCAGUAUAUGUGGGAUUAUUGGAAUUCGGGAGAUUCACAUAUUGCAGAUCCCUUUCUUCCAAUUUCUGUCAGAGGAGACGAGUUGAAGUCUGCAUCUCCAUCUCUCAAUUCAGAAGACCAACCCAGCGACACAUCCGAUUGCGGGCAGUCUCCUUUCUCGAACUGUGUUGAGUGGGAACCUAUAGGGAAAGAAGCUGCGAGCUUCAUGCUGGAUCCUUCCCUCCUCGAUAAUUCCUGGCAAAAAUGGGCUAUGUGCUGCGUGUCUACCCAUAGCUGA